AUGGAACAUCUAUUCAUUAGGGAAAAUUUGGGGUGUAUGGAUAUCGUUGAUACGGCGUGCUUGGGUGGCCAAGAUUUUUGUCGUCACUUGGAGUUACCAGCUAAUCAUGCUGAUGAAGUUAAGCUCAAAGUCUUCUCAUCCCCAAAACUUUUGUAUAAACAGGUGACCCAAGUCAAGAUCCACCCAAGCAAGUUGGUAGAAAAUGAAAUAAAUUUUUUCAUUGUUCGAUUAUCACCGAGGUUGAGCAAUCUAGAGGUUCUCGACUUAAGUUACAACACAUUUGAUUCCAGCAUUAUAUCAUCUCUGAGUGAGAUUUCUUCUCUUAAGUCACUUUAUCUAUCCGAAAAUGAGAUGACAACACCAGCACAUAAAAAUGAUUAUGGAAGAUUAGCGAGGUUGAGGAAUUUGGAGCUUCUCGAUUUGAGUUUUAAUUUUCUUGGUAGCAAAAUCCCCUCAUCUCUAUGUGGUCUUUCUUCCUUGAGAGUGUUAAAUCUCACAAAUACCGGACUGAAUAGAACAAUUCAUGCACAUGAAUUUAAUCAUCUGAUAAACUUGAAGAAGUUGGGUAUGAAUUAUAAUAAUAUUGAAAGCUUUGGUUCUUCACAAGGUGCUGACAGAUUGUUGCCGUUGAGUACUCUAGAGGUCCAUAAUUUGGAGGGUAACCUCUUCACUGACACUGUUCUUUCUUCCCUUCGUGGGCUUUUCCAACUCAAGUUUGUGCCAAUUGAAGAACUUGAAGAGGCUUCAUCUCAAGAAUGUGACUUAAUUGUUGACACUGUUCGUCAAAUUUGGACUCCAAAAUUCCAGCUUCAAGAUUUGGAUUUGUCAAGUUAUACACCAAAGAAAUAUAAGGUAAACCUUCCAAACUUCAUCUACUACCAGUAUGACUUGAGAUCCAUUUCUCUCUCUAUUAACAACUUUGGUGCAGUGUUCCCGUUGUGGUUAUUUGAAAAUAACACAAGAUUGGAGAAGAUUUUGAUGACUGAUAACUCCUUUCGGGGCUUGUUUCCAUGUCCAUCUCAUCCCAAUCCAAAUCUUUCUGUGAUGGACAUAUCUCAGCAUUCAGCUGCAAGGAACAAUCCUUCUGGCAAUAUUCCACCUUGUUUCAUCAAUUUAACACAUAGAGUUCGUUCAUUUGCACAAAAAAAGCUGUCAGGACCACCGUCAAAUGCUUUUAUGAGCUUUGUUGAGAUAGCGACUCUAGAUCUUAGAGAUAACAACUUCCAUGGCACCAUCCCAAAUUGGAUCGUGAACCUCUCAAACUUGGGUUACUUGCAUCCUUGUUUAGGUAAUUUGACUUUUGGAAACCAAAAUGGCUUUUCAGCUUCAGAACUCUUACAGGAUUCUAAUGUAAAUGAGCUUACGGAGUUGAACUCUCUUGAAGUGUUCACCGUGGCACAUAACAAUUUGUCAGGACCAGUUCCAGAUAGGAAAGCUCAAUUCGGGACCCUUGAUGAAAGCAGUUAUGAAGCAAAUCCUCGUCUUUUUGGACCUCCAUUGAAUAAUAGAUGCAAUGAAAUCGAUUCUGAAUUGCCAAUUCCAAAUGAAUUUUCAGGUGAAGGUGAUGAUGAUAGUUUCAUGGACAUAUUUGUUUUCUUCAUUAGUUUUGCGAUGUCCUACAUUAUGAAUAAUGACGCCAACUUGCACAACAACAACAAUGGUCCUAAAGAGGACUCCAAUGGCAUUAAGCCUCCAGAAACAUAA